AAAAGAUAAUGCAGAAUUAAAUGAAUAUAGAUGAAAUAUAUUGCAUCCGGCGGUUUCGAAGGAAUACGAGCCACGGCGAGCGGAGAAAAGCAAAGAUUUCGAAGGGUAGCGGUACCGCCAUAGAUGAAAGUUGUCUUCCGCCAAUUUCUUCUCCGCCGUUCUCUGAAUCCGCAGCAUCAUAUUUCUCUUCCUCGCUUCGCCUCCACCGCUUCACUCCUUCACUCUCCCAAAUCUCUGAUUUCCUCCAAAUUUCGUCAACAUAACUCAACAACUCGCUUCUCAAAUGCUCCAAUCGAGAGAGAGCCUCUGAUUUCUCUCAUAAAAUCAUGCACCCACAAACCACAAUUGCUCCAAAUCCAUGCCCACAUUAUCCGCACGUCCUCCAUCAAAGAUCCCAUCAUUGCCCUCCGCUUCUUGACUCGUGCCGCCACCGCGCCUUUUCGCGAAUUGGACUAUUCUCGACGAUUUUUCUCCCAGCUAACAAACCCAUCUGUUUCUCAUUACAAUGCAAUGUUAAGAGCGUAUUCUUUGAGCCGCUCACCUCAGGACGGAUUGUACGUGUAUAGAGAUAUGGAGAGGCAGGGAAUUCGUGCCGAUCCAUUGUCGUCUUCCUUUGCCAUUAAGUCCUGUAUAAGGAUAUUUUCAUUACUAAGUGGGGUUCAGAUUCACGCGAGGAUUUUUAGAAAUGGGCAUCAGUCGGAUAGUCUUUUGCUCACCACUAUGAUGGACCUGUACUCUCAUUGUGGCAAACUUGAGGAAGCAUGCAAAUUGUUCGACGAAAUUCCUCAAAGAGACGUUGUUGCUUGGAACGUUCUGAUUUCGUGUCUGACUCGCAAUAAACGAACUAGAGAUGCUUUGGGUUUAUUUGAGAUCAUGCAGAGUCCAACAUAUCUCUGCCAACCUGAUAAAGUAACUUGUUUGCUUCUCCUCCAAGCGUGUGCAGACUUGAAUGCAUUGGAAUUCGGUGAAAGGAUUCAUAGUUAUAUUCAAGAGCGCGGUUAUGAUACUGAGAGCAAUUUGUGUAAUUCCCUGAUAUCUAUGUAUUCGCGUUGUGGGCGUGUGGAUAAGGCAUAUGAAGUGUUUGACAAAAUGCCAGAGAAAAAUGUAGUUUCAUGGAGUGCAAUAAUUUCCGGGUUAUCAAUGAAUGGGCACGGGAGAGAAGCUAUUGAAGCGUUUUGGGAGAUGCAAAAGAUGGGUAUAGAGCCUGAUGAUCGUACUUUUACUGGAGUUCUUUCUGCUUGUAGCCACUGUGGUCUGGUCGAUGAAGGCAUGGCAUUCUUUGAUCGUAUGAGAGAGUUCAAGAUAGCUCCUAAUGUCCAUCACUAUGGAUGCAUGGUUGAUCUCUUGGGUCGUGCUGGAAUGCUCGACCAAGCCUAUCAGCUCGCAAUGUCGAUGGAGAUGAACCCAGAUGCGACGUUAUGGAGGACCCUUCUUGGAGCUUGUAAAAUUCACGGCCAUGUAAACCUUGGGGAGCACAUAAUUGGACAUUUGAUUGAAGCCAAAUCUCAAGAAGCAGGAGAUUACGUUCUUUUGCUGAACAUUUAUUCCUCCGCUGGCAACUGGGACAAGGUAACUGAAUUGAGGAAGUUUAUGAAGGAGAAUGGUAUUUAUACUACACCUAGCUGCACCACAAUAGAACUGAAUGGGGUGGUGCAUGAGUUUGCUGUGGAUGAUGUUUCGCAUCCGAUGAAGGACGAGAUUUAUGAGCAGCUGGAUGAGAUCAACAAGCAGCUAAAGAUUGCUGGCUAUGAAUCUGAAAUAUCAUCUGAAUUGCACAACUUGAAGGCAGAGGAAAAGGGGUAUGCACUUUCUUGCCAUAGCGAGAAACUGGCCAUAGCUUUUGGGGUUCUUGCAACUCCGCCGGGAAGAACCAUCAGAGUGGCUAAUAACAUUCGUACUUGUGUAGAUUGUCAUAACUUCGCAAAGUAUGUCUCCAGUGUUUAUAACAGAAAAGUGGUUGUUAGAGACCGAAGUCGGUUCCACCAUUUCCGAGAGGGUCGGUGUUCCUGCAACGAUUACUGGUAGCAGCAGAUAUGCUCUGGACACCAUUGAUUCUCAGGAUAUACACCAACCCACUAGGAAGAAUUCCCCAAAGUGUGCAGCUUAAACUCAUGGCCGUGGGACGUUUCUGAAGAUGGGAGAGUUGUUCUGCUUUCACAGGCGAGAAUAUUAUCACAACAGCAGCCGGAGAAAAGGUGGAUGUCUAAGUACUUCUGAUCAUUUGCACUUUGCAAGUUAAAUGGAAAAACAGCAGAAGUUACUUCCGCAAAUGCAGUAUGGGUUGGAAUUUGAAGACGAGUGACGGCUGGAUCUCUUCAAGUUAUUAGAUAAUGCAUCAAUUAAAGGAUUAGUUAAUAAACGGAAAGAAAAUUGCAAAUUUCUUUCUUUCUUGAUUUAUUGACGAUUUCUGUCCGUCCAUUGCUGUCUUGAAUUCCAUGAAAACUGUUAUAGGAAUUGAGAUUUUCUUGAAUUCCAGGACAAAUCUGUCUUUGCAGAAUAGAAAAUCUUGCAUUAAAGCUUCUGUAAGAAAUUGAGAUGAUGCUAAACAAGCAGCCCGAAUCUCAUAUACAAGGAGAAAAAUUUUUUGGCUGAAGUAAAAGUGAACUGUCUUUCUCUUGAAGAACUUAGCCAACAAACUGAUUCUGUAUAAUUUUCGGAUAUUGACCCAAAAAAGGAAAAAAAAAAUCAAUCUUAGUGUCUUCUGAUGAAGUGCACAGUCGUACCAACCAUGUUAUUACAAAAUUUUCCAUCACCAAGAACUCCUAAUGAAACGAUUACAUUCUUUGGAUAAUCUACGGCAGCAGUAAAUAUCUUAAA